AUGUAUUCUAUCAACCGCCAGCCUGCAUCGACUGGGGCAUCUUCGUCUUCGCCUGUUACUUACUCUACCAGCGGAGUAUCCCCUCCUGCAGAGCCCUACUUUUACCCCUACUUGCCUUUCGGACUGGCGCCUCCACCUCCGGGCUUACUUUUCGCCGCACUACGAGCAAACGCAAACAAAAAUGCAACAGGUCUAACAGAGGAGGUGGGUUACGUACGUCCACAGCUAACAAGCGGCGCCUUCAGAACGUCUGACAUGGCGUCCACUCCAAGAGACAACUUCUUCUUCGUCGCUCAACUUUGGACGCGUUUCUUCGAUUUUUUGGAACAGAGACCGGAUAGACAGUUUUCACACCUGGCCACAAACCUUACACUCGGGAACACCAGUCAGACCCAACCGAACGUGGAACACUUCCCCUCUAGCAUUGAACAGAGGCCCAUAUGCGAUCGGUUGAACGCCGAACUGGAGACGAAAAAUCUUGGAAACCAUGGGUCAGCCGCCCAAGUUCCUGCGCCACACAACACAGCUGUUUUCACUGUAAAGGAGCCAAUCGAUUUGGACCCCAUGGUGACCGUGCUGCAGCUGGAUGAGCACUCUGUCCCCCGAGUCGUGUGCAUCAGAACCAUCGAACAGGGCGCAUGUUUCGGUCCGUGGUCGUGUUCUCACCAAUACCUAAGAAAUAUUGCCUCUCCGAUGGUCCAAAAGCUUUCCGGACUUCACCGUGCUUCCUCCAGACGUAGUAACACAUACAUGCAGUCUGGCAGGUGGAUGUGCAUUCCGCCAUGGAUGACAUUCCUACGCAGUUCACAGACCGGAGGACGCACCCUACUCGAACGAUCAGGAGCUCACCCUAACUUGGCUAUCAUUGCACUGCCGCUACCUAACAAAUCCUCACUACCCAGUGUGGACAUCACGACAGAAAAUGGGAGGGGUGAUGCGCUGCAACACGUCAUACUCGUUCGAGCUUUGAGAACAAUCCAACCAGGCGAAGAGUUACUGCUAGAGUGA